AUGGAUCAGUUCUUUCAAUAUGACACUUUUGAGGACAUGUUGUGGCUUGAUGAUGCUCUUCCAGUGAAUCAAAGUGCUUUUGUUUGCUACAGAGACCAACCCAUUGAUGGAUUUCAAGCAAAGGGGAAAGGUAAUGGAUCGGAUCAUCGGAACAUAAACAAGAGGAUCACAGAAUUCUUGAGAAGAAAUAGGAAGCCUAUGAAUGAAAGUAAAGGAGUAGAGAUACAAAGGGGUUAUAAACACAUGAUCAGUGAAAGGAUGAGGAGAGAGAGGCAGAAGCAGAGCUACUUAGCCUUGCUUUCCAUGUUACCCCCUGGUACUAAGGGUGAUAAAAAUUCAAUUAUUCAAGUGGCAGCUGAGAAUAUUCAGGAGUUGCAGAGAUAUAAGGAAGAGUUGGAGAGGAAGAACACUGAGAUUGAGGGCGUUUUUGGUGAGGAAGAGAUGAGUAAGGCAGUAGAGAAAGCUAAGAUCAAAUUCAGGGUACCUUAUCCUUCAUCUGGGAUUAAUUCUAUGUUAGAGGUUCUUAAAUGCCUGAAAGCUACAGGGUCCAAAACUAGAGGGAUCCAAUCAGAAUUUUCACCACAAGAGUUCUCAGCAGUACUGGAUAUUGAAACCAAGAUAUUGUUAUUGCGAGAUCAUGCAGGGCAGCCCAAUCAAAAUGGGGGCCUUAGACCAAAAAUGUAA